AUGGCAAGUGUGAAGUAGGGGACAUUUUGGUGCUGUAAAGGAAGGUGUUCUUCUUGCUGUUAAAACACUGCAAAUUACCCAGGAUUGAAAUAAUUUAAUGGAGGAGCGUUUGAGCUGACGUGCCGUGCAGUGGCCCCAGGCGUCGCUGACGGAGCAGAUGCCAUAUUCAAAGUUGGCUCCCGAUAUUACUGACGGCUUAUUUUCCUUUUUGCUUUUGCAGGUGUAGUAAGGACCGUAUGUAGCGAGUGUAGUGUAAACACAGCAUUCAUAUGUCACGAUAAAGUAUGGACGGAUGGAGCCCAAUCGUUGCAACUGCCUCGGACAAUGACCGCUCCAGUUCCGAGGGGGAGUGCAUGGUGGAGCCCGGACCCGGAGAUGAAACACGGCAGGCGCUGGACAGAGAGCAGCGAAGUAACGUGGAGGGGGUGGACGACGGGGGCAGCGCCGCAGUCGGGUUCGGGAUAAGUGGGACCGGGGAGGGCAAGGUGGUGUUGGGUCGAGUCGGACAGCGAGACGACAAAGAACUCAGGUACCUGCACUUGUUGUGGGAGCCGGGACGAGCGGAGCUUGGCGCCGGUGGUGUGGCGAGCAAGCUGGGGAAGAUGACGGGGAGCAGGGCCAGGCGGCAGCACAGAGUGGUGCGGAACCUCGGUCCUAUUGGGAAAGACAUCUAUGCUGUGAAAAGGCUGAGGGAAGCAGCGAACAGCAAUGACAUCGACACAGUUCGAAAGCUCCUGCAGGAUGACGUAGACCCCUGUGCAGCAGAUGACAAGGGGAGGACAGCCCUUCAUUUCUCUUCCUGCAAUGGCAAUGAGAGCAUCGUGCAAUUGUUGCUGAGACACGGCGCUGACCCCAACCAGCGAGACAGUCUGGGGAAUACCCCCCUCCAUCUGGCGGCCUGUACCAACCAUGUGCCUGUAAUCACCACAUUGCUGAGAGGAGGAGCCCGUGUGGACGCCCUCGACCGAGCAGGCAGGACCCCUCUGCAUCUAGCACGCUCCAAGCUUAAUAUUCUGCAGGAGGGAGAUUCACGCAGCUUAGAAACCCUGAGGGGGGAAGUCACACAGAUCAUUCAAAUGCUGAGAGAAUACCUGAACUUAAUGGGCCAGCGUGAAGCUAAAGAGAGGCUAGAGCACAUUUCGACACAGCUGCAGCACACACGCACCAAAGAGCAGGUGGAUGAGGUGACCGAUUUAUUGGCCAGUUUUACAUCACUCAGUCUACAGAAACAGAAUUUGGGGGAUAGGUAGAAAAUAAAGUGUAUAGAGAGCUGAAGUCUUGCUUCUUCUCAGGCAAGAUUCUGCUCCAACAGCCUUGGCCAGACCAGAAAAUUCUGAAUCAUGCUGCUUGGGUUUUCUGUCUAUAUUCCAAACUAAAUAUUUAUCUACAGUCCUACUGUACUGGACAUAACAUUUGAACACCAUGCCAUCUUAAAUAAGAUGGGAUGCUUAUUUUGUUAGCAUUUAUAGCUCUGGUGAGGUUUUUAUAGGAUCCCUGUGGCUAAGACUAGUAUGAUAACAAUGCUCACAAAGAUAUUGUUAACUUAGUUAAAAUGAAAUGUUACUCAAAUUUCAAUGCCCACUGCGGAAAUCAAGGAGGUAUCCAUUUAUCUUAAAAAAAAGGAGCCACAUGUCAGCUUUUCAGAAAGGGAUAAAAGAAACUCUCUUAGGGGGAAUGCAGGAAGUUAGUGGAACAGAAGCUAACCCUGAGAAGCAAUGGGACCUCAGCUUUCUAUUGUGUGUGUGUGUGUGUGUGUGUGUGUGUGUGUCACAGCUGAGUGCUGACAUGUUCUUUGCCUGCUAUUAUUAGCAAAGUUUUUUGACAAUUAUGAGACAUGUUUCACGUGAAAUGAUUAAACAGUUUUCACUGUUGUAUUUUUGGUUUUCUUAUCAGCAGCAUUUGUAUCUCGUUGCCUUUUCUCUUGUACUGCAUGUUAUGUUUGUAUGUGAACUGUACUGUAAAAAAUGAUCUGGGUGUUGUUGGAAAUGGAUACAUGUGAUUCAAUAAAUCAAUAUGUUUGGCUA